CAAGAUUAAGUUUUCUUUCCUCCUGAAUUUUAUUUUCUAGACUAUCGGCAUCUAGAUGCAUGGAUUCCACCAACAUUAUUUGGCUUUAAGGCUCCAUCUUACACAAAAUGACCCCUGGUGGCAGUAAGGGGCGGGACCUCAGCUCCUCGGAGCGAAUGUGUCUUAUCGCAUACUUUACUGAGAACAGGUUUUCAAGCAAGAAGACCCAACGAUUUUACUUCACCUAAUAAAGUUCAUUCCCCUUCCCUGCCUGGAGCCAAAGAAUGUCUCGACCUAGGAAUGCCUUCCCCGUGCUCCAGGGGGCGGUGCGUAGUGUCCAAGGAUGAGCUGAUCGAGAUGCCAGGACAGGGGCAGCGUCACAAUAAAGCCUCAACUGAUGGCAAUCCAGAGUUUUCGAUUAUCCUAUUUCCCUCUGAAUUUGGCUUUAGAAAAGAAUGCAAAACAACAAAAAAGUGGGUAGGAUGUUUGUUCAAAUCCGGAGCGAGCCGGAGAGCUCACCCUGGGGUAGCCGGACAGCGGCCCGGGCCACCGCCGGCGCCUGCGCACUGUGCACCAGGCCCCGGGCUCAAAUACGGUCUCGGGCCCCGUGAGGACGGUCUGAUGAAACAUUUUUAUUCUCCAUCGCUACUGAACCUAUGCUGCGAUGUAAAACACAUCGAAUCCCCGAGAGAGCGUUGGGAUAUUUUCUUAGCUGUCCCCUGCCCGGCCCCCGGCACCGCCGAAGGCAGCCCCCGCUGAGAGCGGCUAAGGCGCGGGUCCUGGGUUGCUAUGACGACGCGCAGACGUCCGAGAAAAGGCGAGGUGGCAAGAUGGGUGGCGGGAAGUACAAUUUGCGGGUACAGGUUGCAAGUGUACGUGUCCCAUCACUUCUGAGGCAGAAACGGUGCGACCGCUGCCCGACCGGACUCCGUGGAGCUGGCGUGCGCGAGGUCGCUGCCCGCGGGGACGCCGGCGACGGGGACCGAGCCGACUGUUAGUGCGGGCGGGCGGUGGCCCGGCGCGUCCUUCCGCGCCUGGGCGCACACCCUGACACACCCGCAGGCUUCUUAGUCGCGUCAUGUGACCUCAGGGAACACAGAAAUGUCCCCAAAGGCGGAAAACCCAUGCUAGAUGAAUUAUCGCCUCCGAUAUUAACACAAACUUUUAACGUGUCUCCCCGCUCCCCCCACCCCUUUUUUUUUUGCUCGCAGGUCAGUUUGGCAGCUCUGCCCCACGUGCUGCUGAUUGGUGUCUAGGUUAGCUUUCUGGAGGAAUAUUUCAGAUUGCUAAAGAGAGUGAUAGGAGGCUUUGUUUACCAUGUCUCACUCGAAAACGCCCUCCGCGUCGGCACGUGAGGACAAAAAAUUAAAAAAAGUCGCUGCAUCCAAGGAAGAGACAGGACUUCCUGAGCUAAGGGAGAAAAAAAAUAUGGUGGAUCGUUCAAAACCGCUUCCUACUUCCCUUCAGAAUGAGUUUAUCCCUGAGGAAGUUCUUCUUUCUCUGACCUCUGCAGCCUCUGCUGGUCCUUGUCCUGAAAACUUACUGCCUCCUAAGAAAAUUAAAACCCCAAAGGGCACCCUUCCGCGCCCUGUUGACCACGUCUGGCAUCACCCGGUUCGAAGGAAUAAGUUCAGAUACCUGAUUGACCAUCCCGUUUCCCUAACGGGAGCCGGAAGGGAUAUUUCUUUUCUGUAUGAUGUUAGAUAUGUUAAAGGAGAGACUAAGGAGAGUGUCCUUUGUCCCCCACAUUCAGACCAUUCAUUACAGCCACGGGAUGGUGUCAUUGUGCCUCGUAAGCCAAAGAAAAUAACAGAUACUUUGAUUCCUGAAGAAUUUCAUAUUGUGUCAAAUACAGGAGUUUCAGGUUUGGAGUGCUAUGAUGACAAAUAUACUACUCUCCUCACAGAUAGUGAAAAUAGGCUAUUGGUCUUCCCAUCCAUGAAACCUAACAAAAGAAUAGAAGUGGUCCAGCUGAAUAAUGUGAUGGAUACUAUGCUAGAGAGGGCUGGUGUGGAAAAUCAGGAAUAUACAGGGCCAACCAAGAUGCACAAAUUACUACAUAUAUUGAAGAAGGAACAGACCAUUUACAAUACUGUAUUUCAUGAACUUAUUCGACAAGUCAGUGUGGACUGUGCAGAUAGAGGAGAACUACUGUCCAAAAUCAGAGAGCGGUAUGUUCAAAUGCUCGACCAGAUCGCCCGGCAAAUGAUUGAUUUCUACAAAGAUUUGGUAACCCAGCGAGUGAUGGACCAGCGCAUUUUAGAAGAACUGUACAAUUUUAAGAAUGUUAUAGAGGAACUGACCAGGGAGCUGUGUUUGGUUCGGGCACAUGAUAAUAAAUUAACAAAGGAAGCAGAGAAAGCCCACAAAGAUUUGGCACAAGCUCUUUUAGAUGCCGAAAAGAAUGCCAAAAUUUUAGAAGAAUACCAUGACUUAUAUACAUUACAAAGAGGAAGGAUGGAGAAUGAUAUUAAGCAGUUAAUGGCAGAAAGAGAUAUCUGGAGCUCAGCCACCUAUGAAUUGGCCCUAAAGGUAAUUGAAAAAAAUCGAGUCAUAUUGGCUAAAAGACUUUACCUCAAUGAAAAAGGCUGGAGUAAAUAUGCUAAGCAUUUCAUCAUACUGCUGUCAACCAAGGAUACUUCAGAUCUUGCACUGUUGCAGAAGUUGACACAGAAAUGGAGAAACUUAGUGAAAAAAUUUAAACAGGAAUUAGAAGACAGUGAAGAGUCUACAAGGGAGAAAUUGCAAAUGAUUAAAGAUGGCUUUAUCAAAUGUCAGCAAUUCUUUAGAAAUGAUAAUAUGAACAUUUUGUCCCUUAAUGAAGGAAAUACAGUCGAAUCAAUUCUUUCAGAUUUCAAGCAUUGGCAAAAGAUAUUAAAUGAAGAUAAAGACAAGUAUGCUGGUGAUUUUCUGGUGUCAAAAUAUGAUUCUCUCAAGAUUAUGAAAUACUUACAGGAAAACUGGACAGAUAUUGGGAUUGGAAUAUUUCGUCGCCAUAAAAGUAUGGAGGGGGAAAUGCCACCAGAGCAACGAUACAUGGAGGAUAUUGUGAAAAGUAUAAGAAAACUCUACAAAGAAUUUGAGAUAAGAAUAAAUGGUGAUAAUGGUGUCUCUAAAAUUGUUCCAAGUUUGAUUAGUUCUCUUGACUUCUGUUCUUUCAAGUUGGAAAGCCUCCCGGAGUUUCCUGAAAUGUUUCUUGAGCAAUGCGAGGAACUCGAUGAAAAAAUUAAUGAAAUGAAACUGCAGUUGGAUACGUUGUUGAGGAUUAUUGGUACUGUUCCACAGUCCUUAGACGUGGAUUCUGGCUCGGUACUCCAAGCACAUAUAUUUAACAUGAUUCAACAAUGGCUUUUGAAGAUAGGCAAUGAGAUUAACAAUGGUAACAUUGAACUUCAGCGCCACGUGGAUGAAUUGCAUAUAUCUAUGAUCCAGUGGAUGGUAAACUUGCUGAUUUUAAUGGUACCUGACUUUACUGACCAAGACACCCUCCUGAAGUUGGAGGAGGAAAGUGAUGAAAACCAUGAUGUGGGAGUAGCAAAGUUAGAGCUAGAGGCAACUGCCCUGGCGAAAAAGUUGGCCCAAUACUCCACCUACUUGAUCAGUUGUUGCAAAGGGAUGGUAACAGCGAUGGCUCUGAGUAUAGCUGGCAGCUUACAAAAAAAUCCUGCUAAGGAACUUCACGACCUGGAUCAGAUGAAGAAAGAAUGUUAUGAGUGGAUCACCACAUGCUCUCACCUCCUUUCUGGAAUGAAAGGCAGAAAAAUAAAGUUAUUGACAAGCGAAGAAAAAGAACUCCUAUUUGAAGAAGAGGACAGUGUAAAGGAAUUUAUUGAGUCUGAAGUAGACACACUUUUUAAAGAAGAUGAAGAAGAAAGUAAGGAGGUUGAGAAACUUGAGAAAGAACAAGAAGAAAAGAAAGUAGAAAAACCUUCAGCAUCUCCAGAGAAGGAAAAACUCAUUCGGUUCAUUGGAGAAGAUGAAAAUGUUCAUUCCAGACCUCUGUUUGGAGCAGAUAUGUUAUUUUCCUGGAGAGAAUCAGCUAAUCAAGGUACAUUGGCCUCAAAGUAUGUUGAAGCUAUGGCUAUAAUUGAACACACGCAGAAGAAAUUAACAGAAGUUGAAAACAGAGCCAGACAAGCAGAGGAGAAGUUCGAUGAUAUCAAUGAGAAACUUCAUUUUACCCUUAUAAGAAAUAAAGAACUGGAGGACAUAUUGAAGUCUAGAGAGGAGCCUGAAGGACAAGGAGAAAAUGAAGGAGAAAAAAGAGGAGAAGGAGGAGAAGGUGGAGAAGGAGAAGAACAUGAAGAAGAGGAAGAAGAAGAAGAAAUCGGGCCAGCAGAAAGUUCCUCAAAAUUUCUAAAGAAAGAGAGUCAGCACAAGGAGGGUGCUGUCAACACCAAAUCCAGAAUCCGGACUAAAUCCAAUAACAAAAUGAAACCCAAGCAGCAGCCAUAGCGCACGAGCAUCCCCGUGGCUCCCCACCCCAGCUCUCUCUGUGCCGGGACCUUAAGAAGUUUGAUGAGCAAGCCCCUCAUCCACCAGGCCUGGCUCCACACCACACACUCAGACCUACGCCAUGCAUGUGGGCACCAUGGCAUUCUCUCCCAAGAGAUCUGGUCCUAUGCUAUGGUCCUAUUGACUUGACCAUGGGCAGGUCACUUGUCAGGUACUUUCUGACACGUAUUGACUAGGUUUUCUUCUCACUCUUGGCCUUUCCAGCUAGAGAUGAAUGGCUGGAAUGAAUGGAAAUAUUGCUGGGAAUUCUGCUUGCAGGCCCCAAAGCUCUCAAGUACUGUUUGCCUACUU